AUGCAUAUAGGUAUGACUGAUACUCUCCCUGACGGUCAAGAUGGCAGUUCAAUCAAGAAUGAUCCAAAUCUUCCAUCGCCAUCGGGAUCUUAUGAUCUCGGACUUCAUAUCACAGCAGUCUUCGUCUUGCUAGUAGCAUCAGCUAUAGGGGUCUUCUUACCUGUGUUCAUGGCUAACAACGUAGAUGAAAAAAACAGUAACGGCACCCAGAGGGACAAUGGGGUGAGAAGAGUAUUUUUCGUCAUGAAGUAUUUCGGUACAGGGAUAAUCAUCUCUUUGGCGUUCUGUCAUCUGUUACAAGAAUCGUUUGAAAACUUCUCAAACCCGUGUAUCGGUACUUUGGCGUACAGACCAACAGCACCGUCCAUAGCGAUGGGAUCGAUGUUAGUGAUUUGGCUUGUCGACUAUUUCAGCGCCAGAUGGGCAUCGCUUCGUGACAAAUCUCCCCCUCUUGCGCAAAUCCAACCCUCCAAACCCACCUCCUUACCUUUGACAUCAACCGACGAAGAUUCUAUCCACCCAACGGCCGCUACACCGCCGGUAUUCGCAGAUCUAGGUUGUACGCAUAUCCACCGACCCACCUCGGAUGAAGUAGACCCGAAUUCUCAGAGAGCACACUGGGAUGUUCAAUUGCUGGAAGGCGGAAUAGUAUUUCAUUCGAUAAUGAUUGGAGUCACGUUGGGUGCUCAGACGGGAGGUUUCGAAGUUACUUUUGCCGCACUGGUGUUCCACCAACUAUUCGAAGGUCUAGGAUUAGGUACGAGGAUAGGUGCACUAGUCUGGAAGAGAAGUUGGACAAAGUGGUUAAUGUGUAUUUUGUAUGCUAUAACCACUCCAGUGGGGAUUGCUAUCGGGAUCGGUGUCCAUCAAUCGUUUAAUGAAAAUGGGAAAAGGGAAUUGAUAGCUAUUGGAGUAUUGAAUUCGAUAUCAGCUGGGAUUUUACUUUAUGGAGGACUUUGUCAACUAUUAUACGCCGAAUGGGUAGUCGGGGAUAUGCGAGAUACCUCGAAUGCUCGAGUAUACUCAGCGCUGAUUGCUCUGUUAUUGGGAGUGAUCGCAAUGGGUUUGAUAGGGAAAUGGACAUGA